CUGAGGCGGGAAGAGCCGUGCGUGGCUGAGGACCAGGUCAUGGCAGAGAGUUUUCAGAAGAAAGCAACCAACCUCCCUGACACAAUACUGAAGUAUGGGUUGAACAACAGAUACUGUGUGUUGGAAGUCAGCAUACUACAGAGAAAUGGAAGUGAUGCUGAGAAGCACUUGACAAUUACGGCAUCUCAGUCUCUGCAAGAUACAGAACUGUGCAUUCUUAGGAACGGCUGGGAGUCUGUUCCAGUUGUUCCAGGAGACAUAAUUCAUUUAGAAGGCAAGUGUAGCUCUGGUACCUGGGUCAUCGAUGAACAGUCUGGAUACCUGGUUCUUUACCCAGAUUUGCUGCUUUCUGGUACUACAAUAUCAAAUAGUAUUCGAUGUAUGAGAAGAGCAGUGCUGAGUGAAAGGUUUAGGGGCUCAGAGUGUGGUUCGCGCCAAACACUUGUUGGUACAAUUCUUCAUGAAAUUUUCCAGCAAUCAGUAACAAAUAACUUGGCACAAGAAAAAGUAGAAGAACUUGCAAAUAAAAUUGUGUAUGGACAGAAGUAUCUCAAAGAAAUGUAUCAUUUAAAUCUGAGACAAACGGAAAUAAUGAGGGAAGUGGAAGAGUAUUUGCCAUCAUUUUUUAAAUGGGCAGAAGACUUUUUGCACAAUCCAGCUAACCAAAAUAAAAUGCAACUAAAACUGUCCAAUGGUGAAAAAAUAGAAGAUUUCUCUUGUAAGAUAGAGAUUGUAGAUAUCUUGGAUAUUGAAGAGAAUAUAUGGUCUCCCAGGUUUGGAUUGAAGGGAAAGAUUGAUGUUACAGCCAGAGUGAAAAUCCAUCGCCAGCCUGGAGUACAGUCUAGGGUAAUGCCAUUAGAGCUCAAGUCUGGCAAGGAAUCUAAUUCCAUAGAGCACAGAAGUCAGGUUAUUCUGUAUACUUUAUUGAAUUCAGAACGGAGAGUAGAUCCCGAAGCUGGAUUUCUUCUUUAUCUUAAAACUGGUACUAUGUACCCUGUUUCUGGAGCUCGCAUGGACCGAAGAGAAUUAAUGAAGUUAAGAAACCAUGUGGCCUUCUACUUAAUGCACAGUACACAUGAAUCUGCCAUGGGAAGACAAAAUUCACAGCUUGCUGCUUUGCCUCCUGUAGUAGAUGACAGUCAAGCCUGUAAAUAUUGCUCCCAAGUACACAAUUGCGUUCUAUAUGGCAGAGCUGUAGAACAGAAGAUGGCCAGUGUGUCUUUUCCUCCUGCUAUGGUACCCAUUAUUGAAAGAGAGACCCAGCACCUGAAACCCUCCCACUUAGAGUAUUUCAGCCUGUGGUACCUAAUGUUAACCUUGGAACUACAAAGUGGAGAGGGUAAAAAGGGAUAUAAAAAUAUAUGGAUGAUGCCGUCUUUGGAAAGAGAGAAGACUGGAGAUUGUGUUGGGAACAUGAUCAGAGUUGAAGAAGUACAGGAAAUUUCUGAGGGAAAGUACCUGCAUAUCUUCCAACGUGGAGAUGGUGCCAUCCCUGGAACAAACCUAUUGGUUGGUGAUCGAGUGGUUGUGAGUGGAGAGGAAAAUGGUUUACUUGGUUUGGCUACUGGCUAUGUUAACGAAGUCAGUGUGACAAAGGUCUCCUGUUUAUUGGACAGGAAUUUGUCAAAGCUCCCCAAGAACAUCAUAUAUAGGUUGGAUCAUGAAGAAGGCAAUUUUGGCAUAGGAGUCACUUUUGAAAACCUUUCUAAAUUGAUGAAUGAUUCCCCAGUCAGUGAAAGGCUCCGCAACUUGAUAAUUGACUUCCACAAACCACGUUUUAUUCAGCAUUUGAGCUCUGUCCUUCCUCCAGAAGCAAAGGAAACUGUUGCAAAUAUUUUAAAAGGUCUAAAUAAGCCUCAGAAACAGGCAAUGAAAAAAGUGCUCCUUUCAAAAGACUACACACUUAUUGUGGGUAUGCCUGGAACAGGAAAAACUACUACAAUAUGCGCUCUAGUGAGAAUUCUUUCUGCUUGUGGCUUCAGUGUUCUUCUGACUAGUUUUACACACACGGCUGUGGACAAUAUCCUGCUAAAGCUAGCCAAAUUCAAAGUGGGUUUCCUGCGCUUGGGGCGAGCUCAGAAGGUUCAUCCAGAUAUACGGAAAUUUACGGAAGAAGAAAUUUUCAGGUCCAAAUCAAUUAGAUCUGUAGCAGAUCUGGAAAAGGUCUACAACAGUCAGGCAGUGGUAGCAACAUCUUGCAUGGGAGUAAAUCACCCUAUCUUUGUUCAGAGGCAGUUUGAUUUCUGUAUUGUUGAUGAAGCUUCCCAGAUAAGCCAGCUCAUCUGUCUGGGCCCACUGUUCUGCUCCAAGAGGUUUGUGCUGGUAGGGGAUCAUCAGCAGCUGCCUCCACUUGUACUGAAUGCAGAAGCAAAAGAUCUUGGCAUGAGUGAAAGCUUAUUUAAAAGGCUGGAACAAAACCAAAAUGCUGUUGUCCAAUUGACUGUGCAAUACAGAAUGAAUAGCAAAAUUAUGUCACUGAGUAACAUGUUAGUGUAUGAAGGCAGACUGGAAUGUGGCUCAGAGAAGGUGUCAAAUGCCACUGUUAAUUUGCCCAACCUAAUAAAAUUGAAACUGGACCUUGCAGAUGCCUCAAAAACAUGGUUGAAAAAUGUGCUUGAUCCAGGCACACCUGUGUGUUUUCUGAACACAGAGAAGGUUCCAGCACCAGAACAUGCAGAAAAAGGUGGUGUAAGUAACAUGACAGAAGCUAAACUAGUACUCUUCCUCACAUCCUUAUUUAUUAAGGCUGGCUGCAACCCUUCAGACAUUGGCAUUAUAUCACCAUACAGACAUCAAUUAAAAACAAUCACUGAUUUGAUGGCAAAACUGAAGGAGAAUAGAGUGGAAGUCAAUACAGUAGACAAAUAUCAAGGAAGAGACAAAAGUAUCAUAAUUGUAUCUUUUGUUAGAAACAGCAAUGAAGAAAAUCUUGGCACCCUCCUGAAGGACUGGCGACGUCUUAAUGUUGCUAUCACAAGAGCCAAGCACAAGCUAAUCAUGGUGGGCUGUGUUCCAUCCUUGGCCUACUAUCCACCUUUAGAGAAGCUACUCUGCCAUUUGCAGUCUGAGGCAAUGAUCUUCAAUCUUCCAGCAGGGGCUCAUGAAAGUCUCCACAUGUGUAAUAUUUUAUGAUUGUGAAGUUGAAGAGUUUUAUAAGCAUUUGUAUAUUUCCUUCUGGUGCUGCUUAAUUUAAAUGAUUGCUUAGUGGAGUACAAGGGCUGAUGUGCAUUGUUUACUCUGAAUGAAGCAAAACCAGAAACAAGAUUCAGUUAUUUUAAAGGUUUCUUUUUGGAAAAAGAACAACAUACGUUUCUAUGUUUAAGAUGGUCGGUUUGGUACCGGUGUACUUCAGACAAAUCAGAAAUAUGAAGUACUCUUCCUUCAGAUACUGGAUAGCUACUUUUAUUUUCACUUUUAUCUUGAUAAACAGUUAUAAGGGAAUGAAGAAACUCUUGAGGAAGAGGGGGAACCAGGGCUGCAUUGUGUCAUAGUUUUCUGGGCUGAGUUUGGUUUUAAAGACUUAAAAAUGUAGUCUACAUACAGUAAUUCCAUUUCUUAGAAUUCCUAAAUAAGAUACUGUGUUUUUGUGCUAUUGGGGGG